AUGAGUAGUUGUUUGAGACAGUUCUGCUUCCUAUGCAGAAAGUUGCAGAAAUAGUUUGUUUUUUGUAACAAUUUAGUUUUCAUUCAGUUCAUAGCCCUGACAAGCAGUAUUUGUUUGAUUUCCUGAAUAGUGUGACUGAUUCAUCAUGAAGUUAGAGGUGCCGAAAAGCUUUGAAGAAGUUGCUGUUGGAUUUUCAAGAGAGGAGUGGAAGAUGCUAAGUAAACAGGAGAAGGAGCUACACAGAGAGGUGAUGGUGCAGAACUAUGAGAACAUGAUUUCUGUAGGGUAUAACAUCCCAGUAGACCAUCUUUGCCUGUUUAUUAUGAAAGAGGAGAUGGUUUCAUCUGGUGACCCCAAAGGAAGAAUAAUAGUGCAUCAGAAGCAGCUUCGCAGUAACUGUACCGGCAUCAACAGGACUAGAGGUCAUACUAUGACCCCAAGAUUAAACUCAUCACAUCGGCAGCAGCAUGAUGCAGAACAUGGCAGAACUUAUGUGGAUAACAUGUCAGUUACAACAGAAGACCCACUGCAGACUGAAACAAGCCGUGUGAACUUUGUGGAAUGUAAUCAGGGGGUUAUUAAGAAAAGUGAAUUAGAGCUGCAUGUAAAAACUCAAGUAGAAGAAAGGGGUUGCACCUUGCUUAAUCAGAGCAACAGUUUAACAUUACUAAAUAACUUCACUGAUAAAUUAUGUCAUAUUGGGAAAAAACACAAUACCGUAGCAACACAGAAGAAAGUAUUCAGCAGGGAGAAGCCGUUUAAAUGUGACACAUGUGGCAAGGGUUUUACAGCUAGAAAAAAUUUAGCAAUACAUAAGAUUAUUCACUCAGGGCAGAAACCUUAUAAAUGCACAACCUGUAACAAGAGUUUUAGACACAAAAGCACUAUGUUAUGUCACCAGAGCAUCCACACUUGGCGGAAACCCUAUCAGUGCACCACCUGUGACAAGAGUUUUACACAGAAAAGUGCUAUGAUAAACCAUCAGUAUAGGCACACUGGGCAGAAGCCAUAUAAAUGCACCAUGUGUGACAAGAGUUUUAUAAUGAAAAAUACAAUGCUAUGUCAUCAGAGGAUUCACACGGGGCAGAAACCCUAUAAAUGUGCCAUGUGUGACAAGAGUUUUAGACAGAAAAGUAACAUGGAACGCCAUCAGUGGAUUCACACAGAGAAUAAACCAUACAAAUGCACUGUGUGUGAAAAGAGUUUUAGAUGUAAAAUCACUGUGGUUUACCAUGAGAGGGUCCACAGUGGGCAGAAGCCAUAUAAAUGUCCCACAUGUGACAAGAGGUUUAUAGUGAAAAGUGCUUUGGCAAAACAUCAGUAUAUCCACAGUGAGCAGAGGCCUUAUAAAUGUCCAAAGUGUGACAAGAGCUUUAGAAGGAAGAUUCACAUGAUAAAUCACCAGACUACACACACAGGGCAGAAACCCUAUAAAUGCCCCAUGUGUGACAAGAGUUUUACACAGAAGUGCUCAAUGGUAAAACAUCAGUAUUCCCACACUGGGGAGAAACCUUAUAAAUGCCCCAUAUGUGUCAAAAGUUUUUCACAGAAAAUUGCUUUGGUAAACCACCAGUAUAUCCACAGUGGGCAGAAACCCUAUAAGUGCACUUAUUGUGACAAGACAUACACACAGAGAAGUGCUAUGGCAAAACAUCAAUAUGUCCACACCGGGGAGAAACCCUAUAAAUGCACCAUGUGUGAUAAGAGUUUUACAAGGAAAAGUGCUAUGAUAAACCAUGAAUAUAUUCACAAUGGAGAGAAACCACAUAAAUGCACCAUGUGUGAAAAGAGUUUUUCAUGGAAAAGUGCUAUGUUAAACCAUCAAUAUAUCCACACUGGGCAAAAACCAUAUAAGUGCACCAUGUGUAACAAGAGUUUUACACGGAAAAAUUCUAUGGUAAAGCAUCAGUAUAUCCACACAAUGCAAUAAAAAGAGUUGGAUAAGCUUGAAAGAAAAAGAAGAAAACUAAUUUAUGACCAUCAGAUGAUGUACAAGAAACAGUGUUUGUCAUGAGUGUACAUGCUUCAGUCUGAAGAAGGUAUGGGCCUCCCUGAAAUUGACUUGACACAUAGGUCAGCAAUUGUGAAGCUACAUACGUAUUUACUGAAAUCAUCAGAUUCAAAGAGUGAAAGUUCUACAUCAUGGUGAAAACCAAGCCUAAGAUGACAACUUUUGUCAGGUUUGCAGGUGCCUUUAGGAUGGAAGCUGGCAAGGAAAUCAAACCAAAGAUGAGGCAGCAAAAAAGUAGGGAUGAAAAAAGAAUACAGAGCCUAUGGUUAAAAAAAUGGAAAUCCCACAAUUCUCAUGGAAAGUACAAAAAACUGGAAUAACUGCAAUCCAAUCAGCAGUUGACAUGCAGUUGGCUCAGUUGAGGUGAAUUUAAACCAAAAGAUGAAAAGUCAGUGUCAGUAGCUCAAGGUAGUGGACUAUUGUGUGAUUGUUCACAAAUUCUAUAUUAAAAUAGGCAAUGCAGACACAUGUUGGUCUUACAGUAUGAACUAGAAACAGUUGCAGAUUAAGACACGUUUAUGGUAGUCAGAAAGACCCAGUGUGACAAGGUUCUAAUACAAGAGCCUGUGUAAACAUUACAUCAUACAAGGUAGCCGAAAGAGACUAAAAAUAUGAACCACGGUUACCGAAGUGAAGAAAUAAUGAUCAUGUGGGAUCGUCUAAUACUAACCGCUGAGAAAAGGAAGGACACAGGUACUGUAGGUGAACAGGAAAAAAACAAUUUCUUGUGUUAAAAAAGCUCA